UGUUAAAUAACGACGUAUGACUUGUAAUAUAGCUGAGUUGAAAGUUUGUCUCGAAACCAAUUGUCACAAGAAAUAAGAAAUGUCAAAGAAAGAGAUGAAUCUUGAGCCGUCUGCUCCUACUGAACAAGAAUUAUAUUCUGGCAUGGUAGACGAUGUCGGAUAUUAUCAAGAUUCGCCACCGCCUUACACCGAAGUUCAACCGAAUUCACAUCUCGCUGCAGAAAUGAACGGGGCUAUGAGUCUAUCGGCUGAUGCUCAGAAUAUGAUGUUAGAGCCUGCAAGAAACUUGAUUCAAAACUCAAAAUUCCACGAAGCGGCAUCAUUGCUUGAGAAAUUACCUUUGUCAACAACUCAACAACUCAUGUUGGCAGAAUGCUAUAUCCGACUUCAUCGAAAUAUGAAUGCAACAAAGAGAAUCAUCGAACUUGAAACGAUGUUGACUUCAUCACACCGACCGAAAUUGAGUGAUGUCAACAAAGUGAUUAACAGUUAUAUUGAUAAUUCCCAAUAUAUUCGUGCUUUAAUUUUAAUUCUCUGUUCGGCUAAUCUGUAUAAGAUAGAGUUGAGUCCCGACGUGGCUAUUGUAAGGUUCCACAGAGAGAGAGCUGUGAAAGUUUACGAUAUCAUAAUUUCGAUGAAAAAGAAGGGGAAGGAAAUGCAUGCUAUCGCCAAAGAUUUUGGGGUGGAAAUCCUACUAGAGCUUUUUUCGGUCGUGCAAAGUUUUCGCGAUAUUGAACCAACUUUGAAAUUCAAUCAAGAGGCAUACUGUAUAAGCCUAAUCGCAGCUAUGUAUGGUGCUAUUGAAGAAUAUAAAGAAGAAAUAGACUAUUGUAAUAUUGGUAUUAAUUUCAUGAAGAAAAAGUUUGGUGAAGGUGCUCAGAAAUAUCGUGUUUACGGUCAUUUUUGGAAUAAUAAAGCAAUAGCUUACGGCCUAGAGGGUAAUCACAUUGAAUCGGAGAAAAGUUACGUAGUAGCUCUGGAAUGCUACCGCAAAGUUCAAGAUUGGACGAGCGACGAACAAGAGAAAAAGUUUAUAGGCGGAGUUGAAAGUCGUCUCAGAUCAGAGCGAGACCAAAUUAUGAAAAUGAAUAAAUAAUAAUUUUUUUUAAACCAUUAUUCUAGUAAUGAUUUACUUUGUAUAGAAUUGAUGAAUCGAUCUCCAAUAAUGAUCACCAAUUAUAGCCAAACAUAUUUAAGACUUCGAAAUAUGCCAAUUUUUAUGAAUCAAGAAAUCAACUUUAAUUUUUGUAAUAACAAAGCCCAAAGUAAGGCUUAGAACGAUGAUAUAUCAAGACUGUAUACUCUCUCACGUUGUUUCUUACACUUUCAACAUGAAAACUAUUGUGUAACACGUUUUUAUUUCAUCUUG